CAAAGCCUCGUGUUAUUAUUUCUUCACGUGUUUUUCUUGUUGAAGUCUUUUCGCGAUGGGGAAAGAAAAAAAGAAGGGGGAAAGCGGGGCGGCAACGCAUUUUGUAUCAAGAAAUCAAGCGUUGAAGAAAUUACAGCUKAGCUUGCCUGACUUCAGGAGGCUAUGUAUUCUGAAGGGAAUAUAUCCAGUAGAACCCAAAAACAAAAAGAAGGUCAACAAAGGCAGUACAGCGUUCAAAACCUACUAUUAUUACAAAGACAUCCAGUGGAUUGCGCAUGAGCCUAUCUUGAACAAGUUUAGAGAGUUUAAAGUCUUCUUAAGGAAGCUAAAGAAAGCUAUUGGCAAGGAAGAACCUGGCACUGCUGAAAGGCUUGAAGAGAAUAAGCCAGUYUACACUUUGGAUCAUAUUGUCAGAGAAAGGUAUCCAACAUUUAUAGAUGCAGUCAGGGAUUUAGACGAUGCUUUAUCAAUGCUAUUCCUGUUUUCAAUUAUGCCUCAAACUGACAAAAUAAAAGCUGAAAUUGUAAGAGAAUGUCGACGUCUAGCUGUUGAGUUCCAGCAUUACAUUAUGGCRUCAAAGUCAUUGAGAAAGGUGUUCUUCUCCAUAAAGGGCAUCUAUUUCCAGGCCGAUAUUCAUGGACAACAAGUAACAUGGAUAUCACCGUAUAAUUUUUGCCAAGAGACUCCAACAGAUGUAGACUUCAGAGUCAUGUUGACAUUUGUAGAUUUUUACAAGACAAUGGUGGGAUUCAUAAAYUUUAAGCUGUACCAUGAACAGAACAUGUUUUACCCACCAAAGUUGGUAGAAUCAGGAAAUACAAACUCAGAUAACACAUACUGUGCAGAAUCAGAAACCAAAGAUGAGGUGUUAGCAGCACUGAAUCACAGCCUGCAGUCAAUUCAAACCGUAGAGGAAGUCCCUGAAGUUGAUGAAUUUCCUGUAGAUUCCGAUAGUGAGGAUGCUGAAGCCAUCAAGGAGUCUAAAGCUGAAGAAGAAUCACURGAAAGAUUAAAACAUCUUUUUAAAGAAUGCAAGUUUUUCUUAUCAAGGGAAGUCCCCAGAGAAGUCUUGGUAUUCAUGAUAAGGUGUUUUAGUGGUGAUGUAUCAUGGGACAGCACUGUUGCYAUUGGUUCAACAUACUCAGAGACAGACGACUCUAUUACACAUCAAAUUGUCGACAGACCAACUCAGGGACAUUGUUUUCUAUCCAGGUACUACGUGCAACCUCAGUGGAUAGCAGACAGCAUCAAUAGUAGAAAGCUUCUUCCAGUGGAAGACUAUUUCCCUGGGGUGUCCCUACCUCCCCAUCUGUCUCCAUUCGUACAAGAACAGGAAGGAGACUAUAUCCCCCCUGAAAGACAAGCCAUGCUUGACCAGGAAAACAAGGAAGAGGAAGAAGAGAAAGAAGCUAAUGACGAAGAGGAGUUAACAAGAGAAGAAAAACAAYUGGCAAUUGCUGCCAUGCCAAGGAAAGACCGUAAACUCUUUGACAAAAUAAUGUACUCCAAGAAAAAGAAGAGAAGUCAGGUAAGAAAACUAGAAAAUAAGCGCAAAGCAUAYGACGAGGAGAAGGCAACGAAGAAGCUAAAAUCAUCCUGAAAAUGCAGCCGUACAAAAUAGAAACCUAUAGAUGAAACUAUAUGAGCAAAGAAAUCGUCUGUUGGAAAUGUAUAAGUGGCUUUCGCAGAAAGAAAAAUUAAAUGCUCAUUUCAAAAGACAGUGGCAUUUUUAACAAUAUUUGAGCUCGAUCGCUAGUCACUAUUGCUACGUCGGACAAGCUAAAAUGGGUUUUUGAUCAUCGUAAAUGAGUUGUCAUUAGAAUAAACUCAUUCAAAAGGUACAUUAAGGAAAACAAGACCAUAUAUGGGGGGAGGGGUGGGGUGGGGUAGACUGUUAUACCUGAGUGGAACAGUCACAGAAUCUGAAUCCAAACUGAAAAUAAGUUGUUACUGUGUUGAGUCGGGUUUUUGUCUCAUAACAUUUUUAAGUUUGCAAAUUUGAAUCCAUGUACAAUACUUUAAAAAAAUAAAGAUUCUCUACUGUUGAUUGUAAAA